UGGGGAUUUUUCUCAGCGCCGACACAAGCUGCACCUUGCUUUUAAAAGCAUCUGAUAACGUCCCUGCCAAAAUCCUGACAUGAGGACCUCUUUGAUUUCAGAAGGACCCGGGCUACAAAGGAAAAAAUGCAAAUGCCUGUUUAGUGGGACAAGGAAACUGGGAAGAUUGGGGAUUUUCGCUCUGAUGAAGGUGGAUUUGGUCGUGCGGUACUGGAGCCGCGUUCUCUUCGUAUACGCGGGGCUCUUGGCUGCAUCAGGAGACGUUCAGAACUGCAAUCAAACCUUACAUGGUCCCAAUGGGACGAUAGAAAGCCCAGGAUUUCCAUAUGGCUACCCAAACUAUGCCAACUGCACAUGGACUAUUCUGACACAAGAUCACAAUCGCAUCCAACUUGUGUUUCAGUCGUUUGCAUUAGAAGAAGAUUUUGACAUUCUGUCUGUUUAUGAUGGGCAGCCACAGCAAGGGAAUUUAAGAACCAGGUUAACAGGUUUCCAGCUGCCAACCCCUAUUGUCAGCACAGGCCCCAUCAUUACUCUAUGGCUGCUUUCAGAUUAUGCUGUUAGCGGACAGGGAUUUAGGGCAGUAUAUGAAGGAUUUAGGAGCUACACCACAAUGUUCAUGUUUUUCUUUUGCCGCUUACAAAAUGGCAUCCAGCAAGGUUCUACCUUCAAUAUUGGGGAUAAGGUGCGGUACAGCUGCAACCCUGGUUAUAUCCUAGUUGGACACACGGUGCUAACUUGCCUUGCUAUCUCAGGAGGUACCGCUUCAUGGGACUUCCCGUUGCCUUUUUGCAGAGCAGAUGAUGGCUGUGGAGGAACAAUGAGAGGCCAGAGUGGAGUUAUUUUCUCUCCCAACUUCCCUUUGGAGUAUAACAACAAUGCAGACUGUACCUGGACCAUACUGGCUGAACCAGGAGACACAAUUGCGCUUGUCUUCUCAGACUUUCAGCUGGAGGAAGGUUAUGACUUUCUGGAAAUUAGCGGGACAGAUGGACCAGCUUUGUGGCUUACAGGACUGAAUCUGCCAUCGCCUGUUAUCAGCAGUAAGAACUGGCUACGUCUUCACUUUACAUCUGAUGGGAACCACAAACAUAAAGGUUUUAGUGCCCAGUACCAAGUUAAGAAAAUGACUGAGCUGAAAUCCAGAGGAGUGAAACUACUGCCCAGUAAAGAUAAUCACCAAAAAAUAUCUGUCUUAUAUCAGGAGGUGGUUGCACACAGUCUGAAUAUGUGUCCAGAUCCAGGAAUCCCUGAACGAGGGAAAAGAAUGGGCUCCGAUUUUAGACUGGGGUCAAGUCUUCAGUUCUCUUGUGAUGAAGGCUAUGAGCUGCAGGGCUCAAAGAGUAUAACCUGUAUGCGGGUGAGCGAGACAUUUGCUGCCUGGAGUGACCAGCGUCCAUUGUGCCGAGCAAGAAUGUGUGGUACUCAGCUCAGAGGUCCCAGUGGUGUUAUAACAUCUCCAAACUUCCCAGUACAAUAUGAUAAUAAUGCACAUUGCACCUGGGUAAUUACAGCAUCAAACCCUUCCAAGGUAAUCAAGCUGACUUUCGAAGAGUUUGAUCUUGAGCGGGGUUAUGAUACUCUCACAGUGGGAGAUGGAGGUCAGGUUGGAGACCAGAAAACUGUUUUUCAUGUACUGACUGGCACCAACACUCCUGACUUGAUUGUCAGUACCAGCCAUCAGAUGUGGCUCCUUUUCAAAACGGAUGAAACUAGUGGCUCCCUUGGCUUCAAGGUUUCUUAUGAAGAAAUUGAACAAGGAAGCUGUGGUGACCCAGGUGUCCCUGCCUAUGGCAGGAGAGAUGGAUCACGUUUUCUUCAUGGUGACACACUGCGAUUUGAAUGCCAACCUGCAUUUGAGUUAGUAGGUCUGAAAACCAUCACCUGCCAGAAGAACAACCAGUGGUCAGCCAAGAAGCCCAGCUGUGUCUUUUCCUGCUUCUUUAAUUUCACGACUCCAUCGGGUGUCCUGCUGUCCCCUAACUACCCAAAUGAAUAUGGUGACAACAUGCACUGCGUCUGGUUGAUUAUCGCCAAGCCAGAGAGUAGGAUCCACCUAGCUUUUAAUGACCUGAAUGUGGAGCCACAGUUUGACUACCUCGCUGUCAAGGAUGGGGGCAAAGCUGAGUCUCCUGUGUUGGGCACCUUCUCAGGCACAAAGGUCCCCUCUCCUCUUACAACCAGCGGGCAUGUUGCCAGACUGGAGUUCCUCACUGAUCAUUCCACUGCGAACAGGGGUUUCAACAUUACCUUUACCACAUUCCGACACAAUGAAUGUCCAGAUCCUGGUAUCCCAAUCAAUGGAAAGAGAUUCGGAGAUAGCCUUCAGCUUGGCAGCUCAGUGUCAUUUUUGUGUGAAGAAGGUUUCAUCAAAACUCAUGGCUCAGAGACCAUCACUUGUAUUCUGAAAGAUGGAAAUGUAGUGUGGGACAAUGCUGUUCCUAGAUGUGAAGCUCCUUGCGGAGGACAUUUGACUGCACCGAGUGGUAUGAUUCUUUCUCCUGGCUGGCCUGGUUUCUAUAAGGACUCUCUGAACUGUGUAUGGGUCAUCGAGGCCCAGCCUGGCUAUCCUAUCAAAAUCAUCUUUGACAGGUUUAAGACAGAAGUGAAUUAUGAUGUGUUGGAAGUCAGAGAUGGAAGAUCUUACUCGUCUCCCCUAAUUGGGAGCUAUCAAGGCACACAAGUUCCCCAGUUUCUGAUCAGUACCUCUAACUUCCUGUAUCUUCUCUUCACUACGGAUAAAAGUCAUUCAGAUGUUGGUUUCCAGAUCCGUUAUGAGACUGUCAAACUGCAGUCAGACCACUGUGUGGAUCCUGGCAUUCCUGUCAAUGGCCAGCGCCAUGGUAAUGAUUUCUAUGUUGGAGCACUGGUCACCUUCAGUUGUGACUCUGGAUAUACCCUGAGUGAUAAUGACCCACUGGAGUGUGAGCCAAAUUUCCAGUGGAGUCGGCCACUUCCUAGCUGUGAAGCACUCUGUGGUGGAUAUAUUCAGGGGUCCACUGGCACCAUCUUGUCUCCUGGCUUCCCAGAUUUUUAUCCUAAUAACCUUAACUGCACUUGGGUGAUUGAGACUUCACAUGGAAAGGGUGUGCUUUUCACCUUCCACACUUUUCACCUGGAAAGUCCACAUGAUCACAUUCUGAUCACAGAGAACUCCAGUUUUUCACAACCCCUGAAGAGGUUGACUGGCUCCACUCUUCCAUCACCACUUAGUGCAGGCUUGUAUGGCAACUUCACUGCCCAAAUACGCUUUAUCUCAGACUUCUCUGUGUCCUAUGAAGGUUUCAACAUUACUUUCUCAGAGUAUGACUUGGAGCCUUGUGAAGAUCCAGGAGUGCCAACUUACAGCAUCCGCAAGGGGCUACAGUUCGGUGUGGGGGAUAUUCUGACAUUUUCCUGCUUCCCAGGAUACCGGCUAGAAGGCCCUGCACGUGUCACCUGCCUUGGAGGGAGACGCCGGGUAUGGAGCUCACCUCUGCCAAGGUGUGUUGCGGAGUGUGGCUCAUCUGUGACAGGGACCCAGGGAGUUCUUCUAUCCCCUAAUUUUCCUUCAAACUAUGGAAACAACCAUGAGUGCAUCUAUUCCAUCCACAGUCAACCAGGGAAAGGCAUCCAGCUACAUGCCAGGACUUUUUAUCUGCAGGAGGGCGAUGUUCUUAAAGUGUACGAUGGCAGUAACAACACCGCCCGUUUGCUGGGAAUCUUUUCUGGGUCUGACAUGUUGGGAGUGGUCCUGAAUAGCACCUCCAGCUCUCUGUGGAUUGAAUUUAUUACCAAUGCAGAGAACACCAGCAAGGGUUUUGAGCUGCAGUUUUCAAGUUUUGAACUGAUUAAGUGUGAAGAUCCUGGAGUUCCUCAGUUUGGCUACAAACUCCAAGAUGAGGGCCAUUUUUCUGGCAGUACAGUCUCCUUCAGUUGUAACCCUGGAUAUUCAGUACGAGGGCAGAGUGUAUUGACAUGCUUGACGGGUGAACGCAGGGCUUGGGACAACGUACUUCCUAUCUGCGUUGCUGAAUGUGGUGGUCACAUUAAAGGGGAAUCUUCUGGACGAAUUCUUUCACCAGGCUAUCCUGCACCUUAUGACCAUAACCUCCACUGUGUCUGGACCAUUGAGGCAGAUUCAGGAAGCACCAUUGGGCUGCACUUCCUAGUGUUUCACACGGAGGAGGUCCAUGAUGUUCUGAAGAUAUGGGAUGGUCCACAGGACAGUGGAAUUCUUCUGAGAGAUCUGAGUGGCUCAGUCCUUCCUCCUGAUAUUCAUAGCACUUUUAACUCGGUCACCUUGCAGUUCAAUACUGACUUUUUCACCAGCAAACAAGGCUUUGCACUGCAGUUUUCAGUAUCUACAGCCACCUCCUGCAAUGACCCCGGAACACCAAUUAAUGGUACACGCAGUGGGGACAGCCGGCAACCAGAUGACUAUGUCGUAUUCCACUGUGACCCCGGGUAUCUGUUACAGGGGGCUUCCAAGAUCACAUGUGUGGAAAUUGACAACCGCUUCUUUUGGCAACCUGACCCACCAAAUUGUAUAGCACCCUGUGGGGGAAACGUGACUGGACCAACUGGGCUAAUCUUAUCUCCAGAAUAUCCAGAGCCAUACCCUCAUGGAAAAGAGUGUGACUGGAUUGUGACAGUCUCUCAGGAUUAUGUCAUUGCUCUCACCUUCAUACACUUUAGUCUUGAGCCUGGCUAUGACUUUCUUCAUAUUUACGAUGGACCAGACUCUUUUAGUCCACUUAUUGGAAGCUACUUUGGUGCCCAGAUUCCUGAACGCAUUGAGAGCAGCUCUAACUCAUUGUUCCUGGCCUUUCGAAGUGAUGCUUCUUUGAGCAGCAGUGGAUUUAUAAUUCAGUAUACAGAAAACCCAAGAGAGUCUUGUUUUGAUCCUGGUGUUGUUAAGAAUGGCUCCCGUGUGGGAACAGAUCUCAAGUUAGGUUCCACGGUCACCUAUCACUGUGACAGUGGUUACGUAAUUGAAGGAUUCUCUACUCUCACCUGUAUCAUGGGAUCAGAUGGAAAGCCAGAAUGGAACAGACCACGGCCGUCCUGUGUGGCUCCAUGUGGAGGACAGUACACUGGCUCAGAUGGUGUGGUGCUCUCUCCAAAUUUCCCUGGCAAUUACUCCAGUGGACAGAGCUGUCUUUACUCCAUUGUGGUAGACAAGGACUAUGUUGUCUUUGGCCAGUUUGCCUAUUUCCAGACAGCAUUAAAUGAUGUGGUUGAAGUGUAUGAUGGACCUACCCAGCAUGCCCGGCUUCUAAGCUCGCUCUCAGGAUCUCAUACAGGUGAAUCACUCCCUUUGGCAAGUUCCAAUCAAAUUUUAAUCAAAUUUAAUGCCAGAGGACAUGCUACAUCUCGAGGUUUCCACUUUGUAUAUCAAGCUGUUCCACGUACCAGUGCGACACAGUGCAGCUCUGUGCCCGAACCACGAUAUGGGAAGCGAAUUGGAAACAAUUUCUCAGUAAGCGCAGUGAUUCGCUUUGAGUGUAAUCCUGGGUACUUCCUGCAAGGCUCCAGAGUCAUUGAGUGCCAAACAGUCCCAGGAGCCUUGGCACAGUGGAAUAGCACUGUUCCUUCUUGUGUUGUGCCCUGUGGGGGUAACCUCACAGAGCGAAGGGGUACAAUCUUAUCCCCUGGAUUUCCAGAACCUUAUCUCAACAGCCGCAACUGUGUCUGGAAGAUCACUGUGCCCGAGGGAGCAGGCAUUCAGAUUCAAGUAAUAAGCUUUGUGACAGAGCAGAACUGGGAUUCUCUGGAGGUGUUUGAUGGAGGAGACAAUACAGCAACCUUAUUGGGUAGCUUCUCUGGAACCACUGUGCCAGCCCUGUUAAACAGCACCUCAAAUCAGCUCUACCUGCACUUUUAUUCAGAUAUUAGUGUAUCUGCAGCUGGAUUUCAUCUGGAAUACAAAACUGUAGGUCUUUCCAGCUGUCCACCACCUCAAAUUCCUAGUAAUGGAAUCAAAGUAGGAGACCGCUACUUAGUGAAUGAUGUGGUAGCCUUCAGUUGUGAGCCUGGAUACACACUGCAGGGUCAUUCUCAUAUAUCCUGUAUGCCUGGAACAGUACGUCGCUGGAACUUUCCUCCUCCUCUCUGCAUUGCUCAAUGUGGAGGCACCACCGAAGAGCUAGAAGGAGUCAUCCUCAGUCCUGGAUUCCCAGGCAAUUACCCAAGUAACAGUGACUGCUCAUGGAGGAUCUCCUUGCCUGUAGGCUUUGGGGCUCAUAUUCAAUUUAGCAACUUCUCUACAGAGGCAAACCAUGAUUUCAUAGAGAUCCGAAAUGGCCCUUUUGACACCAGCACUGUGAUUGGCCGGUUUAGUGGCCCUGACCUGCCUCCAUCUCUUCUCACCACCUCCCAUGAGACAACUAUUUACUUCCACAGUGACCACUCACAAAACAAACCAGGCUUUAAAUUUGAUUACCAAGCUUAUGAACUUCAGGAGUGCCCAGAUCCAGAGCCGUUUGCCAAUGGCGUGGUCAGUGGUGCAGGUUACAAUGUGGGCCAAUCCAUCUCUUUUGAAUGCUUACCAGGCUACCAGCUUCUAGGAUAUGCAAUUCUGACAUGUCAACAUGGCACCAACCGUAACUGGGAUCAUCCCUUCCCCAGGUGUGAAGUUCCCUGUGGAGAAAACAUCACUGCUCCUAAUGGCACGAUUUACUCCCCUGGUUUUCCAAACGAAUAUCCUGUUUCAGUGGACUGUCUCUGGCUAGUUACAGCAGCUGUUGGCUAUGGGAUCCGUGUUAACUUUACUCUGCUGCAAAUUGAGAGCCCCAAUGACUUCAUCACCAUCUGGGAUGGACCACAGGAAACUGCUACAAAGCUGGGAGUUUUCACCGGUAAUUCAGUAAAGGAGUCUGUCAGCAGUUCCUCCAAUCAGAUCUUAAUCAGCUUUCACAGCGAUGCUGCUAAUGGUGGUAUCUUUGUAAUUCGUUAUCAAGCCUUCCCACUUCGUUUUUGCCACCCACCACCAACAAUUCCAAAUGCUGAAAUUUUGAAAGCAGGAGAUGAAUUUAAGAUAGGGGAUAUCGUACAAUACAAAUGUCUACCUGGAUUCUUGCUGGUGGGGAAUGACAUGCUAACCUGUCGGCUAGGAACAUACCUGCAGUUUGAAGGACCUCUGCCAUCCUGUGAAGUGCACUGCCCUAUGAAUGAAGUCCUGACUGAUUCAACUGGAGUAGUUCUCAGCCAAACUAUCCCAGGCAGCUUCCCACAUUUCCAGACGUGCUCCUGGGUAAUUAAAGUAGAGCCAGGAUACAACAUUUCUCUGAAUAUCGAACACUUCCAAAGCAGUCGACAGUAUGAUGAGCUGGAAAUCUUUGAUGGUCCAUCCAGCCAGAGUCCCCUUCUUAUGACUUUGAGUGGAAACUAUUCAUCUCCCUUGAGUGUCUCCAGCACCAGCAAUAAGGUGUAUCUUCGCUGGUCCUCGGAUCAUGCUUCAAGUCAGAAAGGGUUCAAGAUACGCUACUCAGCUCCGUACUGCAGCCUGCCAAAACCACCAACUCAUGGGUCUUUCCACAGUCAGACUGGCACGAAACUGAGCAGUACGUUACGUUUCAACUGUGACCAAGGGUACCGGCUAAUUGGACUAGGCGUAGUCACAUGCAUUCGUACAUCACAAGGAUUGUAUCAGUGGAGUGGAAUGGUGCCUCUUUGUCAAGCUGUAUCCUGUGGAGUUCCUCAAGCUCCAGCAAAUGGCUCAGUAUUUGGCCGUGAAUACACACUGAGCACAAGAGCUAUAUACCAGUGUAAUGAGGGCUUUAAAUUAGCUUCUGCACAGUCAGCUUCCAUUGUUUGCCAAGAGACUGGCAAAUGGAGCCCCAGUGAUGUUCCUCCUCAGUGCCAAGCUGUCACGUGUCCAGAGAUCAGCCACAAUUCAGUUGAGCAUGGACGAUGGAGAGUCAUUUAUGGCAACCAGAAUCAGUAUAACACACAGAUGAUGCUUGUUUGUGAUCUGGGGUACUUUUACAGAGGUCAGCGUGUGAUAAAGUGCCAGGCGAAUGGUUCAUGGAGCAUGCUAAUCCCAAAGCCCACCUGCCAGGUUAUCUCAUGUGGGGAUCUUCCAACACCGCCCAAUGGAAACAAAAUUGGCACCCUGACUGUGUUUGGUGCCACUGCUAUUUUCUCAUGCAACACUGGCUACACGUUGGUGGGGUCUCGUGUACGAGAGUGCUUGGCCAAUGGCCUCUGGAGUGGACAUGAAGUUCAUUGUCUUGCUGGUCACUGUGGUACUCCAGAGGCAAUUGUGAAUGGACAUAUUGUAGGAGAAAAUUUUAAUUAUCGAGGCAGUGUGGUUUACCAGUGCAACCCAGGCUUCCGACUCAUUGGCAUGUCGGUGAGAAUCUGCCAGCAGGACCAUCACUGGUCUGGGCGCACACCAGUUUGUGUUCCCAUUACAUGUGGUCAUCCUGGAAACCCAGGCAAUGGUCUGACACAUGGUACACAAUUCAACCUAAAUGACUUGGUGAGGUUUGUUUGCAACACAGGCUAUAUUCUGCAAGGUGCCGUCCGCUCCCAAUGCCAGUCCAACGGUCAAUGGAGCAACUCCAUUCCUACUUGCAGAAUUGUAAACUGCACAGAUCCAGGUCAUGUUGACAACGGAGUGCGCCAGGUUCAGUCCAUUGGGCCUCAUCGAUACAGCUUUGGUACAACAGUUUCAUAUCAGUGCAAUCCUGGUUUCUACCUACUGGGCACUCACAUUCUAACCUGCCAGGGAGAUGGAACUUGGGACCAUUCACUGCCCCAAUGUCUUUUGGUCUCAUGCGGUCACCCAAGUGUGCCUCCCAAUGGACAGAUCUCUGGAGACAGAUUCACAGUGGGAUCAGUGGUGAGGUACAGCUGCCUGAAUCGCAGGUCUCUGAUUGGAAAUUCAACCAGGAUGUGCCAAUUGGAUGGGCACUGGAGCGGAUCAUUGCCACAUUGCUCUGGAGACAGCCUGGGCAUGUGUGGUGACCCUGGUGUACCUUCUCACGGGAUUCGGCUGGGAGAGGAGUUCUCGGUGGCAAGCACAGUACGGUUCAGCUGUGAACCGGGGUACCUCCUUCGUGGCUCUUCUGAGCGCACCUGUCAAGCCAAUGGCUCAUGGACCGGAAUACAGCCAGAGUGUCAUGUUGUGUCAUGUGGGAACCCGGGGACACCCAGCAAUGCUCGUGUGCUCUUUAAUGAUGGACUGGUCUUCUCCAGCUCUAUCACUUACUCAUGUCGUGAGGGUUAUUAUUCUACUGGUCUGCUAACUCGGCACUGCACUGUCAAUGGGACCUGGACAGGACAAACACCAGAGUGCACAGUGAUUAAUUGUGGUGACCCUGGAAUACCUGCCAAUGGUAUACGACUAGGCAGUGAAUUCACCUACAACAAGACCGUGUCUUUCCAGUGCUCCCCAGGCUUCAGCAUGGACUCUGAUCGUGCUUCUGUGCUUCUUUGCACCAAAGAUCGCACCUGGAAUGGUACAAAGCCCAUCUGCAAAGCUAUACUGUGUGGAUCACCCCCUAGUGUGCCCAAUGGGAAGGUGGUGGGCUCUGAUUUCCACUGGGGAGCCAGUAUCAGCUAUGCUUGUUCUGAAGGAUAUCAGCUUUCUCUGCCAGCUGUUCUCACCUGUCAGGGGAAUGGCAGCUGGAGUGGAGAGGUGCCACAGUGUUUCCCUGUCUUUUGUGGUGAUCCUGGGAUUCCCGCUCAGGGCCGUAGAGAGGAUCAUGGAUUUACCUACCGCUCAUCUGUUUCCUUUUCCUGCUUCUCCCCACUGAUUCUGGUAGGAUCUGCCAGACGCUACUGCCAGUCUGAUGGCACCUGGAGUGGUUCACAGCCUUCCUGCAUAGAUCCAAGUCAUACAACAUGUGCAGAUCCAGGUAUUCCCAUGUUUGGAAUACAGAAUAAUUCUCAGGGAUAUCAGAUUGGGAGCACACUGUUCUUUGCCUGCAGAAAAGGUUACCUGCUGCAAGGCUCAAUUAGUCGGACAUGCUUGCCUAAUCUUACUUGGAGUGGCAUCCAGCCUGAAUGUACAGCCCAUCACUGCAAUCAGCCAGAGCUGCCAGCAUAUGCUGAUGUUGGUGCUAUAGAAUUACCCUCUCUAGGGUACACCUUAAUAUAUACAUGUCAGCCAGGCUUCUACCUAACUGGUGGCUCUGAACACCGCACAUGCCGUGCAGAUGGAAGCUGGACUGGCAAACCUCCACUCUGCACAGCGGACACAAGACCCAGUGGAACUCCAAUAGGGCCUAUGAUGAAAGAAAUCAACAACAAAAUUACAGUGCCAGCUGAUGUAUUUGCCAGGAACUCUCUGUGGAAAGGUUCUUAUGAGUACCUUGGCAAAAAGCAACCAGCUAUGCUCAAAAUAACCAGCUUUGAUGCAUUCAGCAGUCGGGUCAAUGCCACGCUUAUCGAUCACAGUGGGGUGGAACUCAAGCUGGGAGGAAUCUACCAGAAGGAUGAAUUUCAUUUGCAGCUGCAGGUGUAUCAAAUCAGAGGACCAGUGGAGAUAUUUGUUAAUAAAUUUAAGAAUGAGAACUGGGCUCUUGAUGGACACGUGUCCUCUGAGACUGCAAGCAAUUCGUUUGUAUAUCAAGGCUUUGUCCGAGGCAAAGGGUUUGGGCAGUUUGGUCUCCAAAGGCUAGACACCAAUCACCUGGAAAAAGAAGGAGACUCAGGUGGCAUCUUUCCUUCAAACAGCAGUUCAGUAGCUGCAGCUAUUCUAGUACCAUUCAUUGCCAUGAUCAUUGCUGGCUUUGCGCUGUACCUUUAUAAGCACCGGAGGAGACCAAAAGUGCCAUUCAACGGUUAUGCUGGGCAUGAAAACACCAAUGGGAGAGCCACAUUUGAAAAUCCAAUGUAUGACCGCAACAUCCCACCCACAGAGAUCAUGCCUAAUGAGACAGAAUUUACAGUUAGCACUGUGUGCACCGCUGUAUAGCACCCAUUCGAAAGAAUCCUGAAGUCGAUGGGGUGUCACUUCACUUGUCUUCAUCCAAUACCUGUCUGAAAAAGUUUUGAACCCAGUAUGAAGGUGCAUGGAGAUCAGCAGAGGGGAAGAGCCACGCUAUUUUUUAUCUUCCUGAUUGGCACCUCUGUGAAGAAGGAAAGGGCUGGGGUGGUUCAAAUACAAAUGAAAAGUAACACAAGAGGAAGAGAAGAACAAGAAGCAGAAAACCUGAAUGGUAGGACUGGUUUCCUGGACAUGAUGCAAAUCUUUGCCAAGCAUUGCUUUAGUUAUCCCCUAGUCCUGCCAACAAAAAUCUGCUGCCCGUGCCAGCUCAGGAUCAGGAUUGUGAGUACUGGCUUUUGUACCCAUGGACCUUCUUGAGUAAAUCACAAUGAACUUGCCAGUAUCGGCAUGGAGUGGUGCCAUGGUGAUGUCUUGAGACAUCUAAGUGAAAGAGUGAAUUCCUUGAUUUUCAUCUUUUAGUUAUUUAUUUAUAUAUUUAUUUGUUUUUUUCUUCAAAAUGUUUUUCGAAUUUCUAGAUCCCAUUCCCUUAGAUUUGGACAAUGUCUGCUACCGUACGCUGUGUUCAUUUCACCCGUGUGCCUUUUGGCUUUGUCCAUUCAUCCUAUUUCAUUUUAAUUUACACCAAAACAGAUAUAGGAUUAAAUAUGGCACUAAAGCCAAUGAGAAGUAUCAUCAUUUUAAAAAUAGAAAUUCAUUCUAUAUUUUUGAAGAAAUAUUUUUCCUUGCUUGUAUACAGCUAGCAAAUGUAUCAAGAGAUUAGCAAAAUAAUAUCAGCAGAGGAUUUUUUUGUAUAUACAAUAAUCUGAUAUGACCUGUUUUUAGGUCUCAGCAUUUGGGAUUGAUGGCUGUGUCUUCUCUUGCUAGGGGCUAUGAGAAGUAGGUGGAACAUUAAAUGACUGGAAGGUCACCAUAUCCCAGUGCUCAGUGCUUACUGUAGAUGGGUUUGGUGAAACAGCUAGGUAGCACAGUCAAAUUCUGAUUGAAUUGCGGAAUACUGUGUAUUAGACAUGAACUUGAGAUAGGGUACAUAUUGUUCAGUUUGACAGUCACUUUCAAGUAAAAACUACCUUAAAAAGUGUGCUUUUGCAUCAUUAAUUGAAUUUAAAUUACGUGUUUCUAACUUGGAGUCAUAGUCAUUCCAUCCUGGAUACCUCAGAUUCAUUUCUGUGUGGUUGAGCGUGUUCUGCACACCUUUCCAAUCGCCUGUAUAGAUAAGGUUCCUGACAUGAAACUCUGGGAAUAUUUGGGCAAAAGACGUCUGCAGUACAAAAAAACCUGUGAAGGAUGUUUCAAAAGCAGUUUGUGCGUAGGCUGAGAGGAGGUUCACGGAGAUUGAUGUCAGACCACUUUUAUUAAAGCAAGUGAUUUCUGCUCUGUAUUCUCUGGCCACUUAACUCAAUAUAGAUCAUGACUCGCCUGGCAGAAUUUCCUGCAAGGUCAUUUUGACUUUGACCAAAAUCAUCCUGCUUUGCAGCAAACUUUUGCAGAUGUAAAAUAAAGAUUGAAAUAUUAGACACUGUUUAUAUAGUGCUAAAGGUUAAAUCGCACAUCACAAUAAUUAGCAAAACUUAACCGAUCACUCAAAAUUGUAACUUGGUGUUUUUCCAAAAUGACAAAAAGAAUAGAAAUUUUCUGCAGCUGCUGUUUUUUCUCAGUGUUGCUUUAGAUUUAUUCUGAAGUUUCAGUUAAAAUACUUUAGAUUUAAGAUCCACUCUCCAGUUUCAUGUGGACUAAUUUGUACUUUUGAAUCAUCAGUUGUCAAACUGGAAAAGAAAUGGCAAUUCAAAUAAACCAUUAGAUCAGUUAAAAUAAUUGAGUGUGCUGGUGUCAGUAAGAUUAGAUGUCACAUAAUUGAUAUAUUCACACAUUUGGUGCAUCUAUUAGCUAAAACAUCUGAUUCUGUAUUUCCAGCAAAUCCAUUAAAAAAAGUAUAAAGCCUGAUUCCUAAUCAGUGCUCAUCAUCUGAAUUAUUAUACAUACUGCAUUUUUUACACUAGUGAACAAAUAUAUCUUUAUUUACCGAAAUGUCUACAUAAUCUUGCUAGCUAAACAAUGCAUCGUCUCUUCUUAAUGAAUUUUAGAGAAAUAUUGAAUGAAAUGUUUUCAUUAUCUGCCUUAUUUGGUAGUUUUUGCUUAAACAAAUUCUCAGGAAAUAGUGGAAGUGAACUGCAGCCCUGUUCUCUCUCCGUUUGGGAAUCAAACCCUAAAAUAAAAAGAGAGCAAUGUUUCCUAAUUGGCAGUGGAAGUGCUCAUUGUGGGCUGCUCUCAUUCAAAUGCUGCCAACAAAGCUACAAGAUUUAUCUUCGUGUUGUACACAAAUCUUUUUGCCUUCUCGACAGCCCUGUCUCACAAAAGAUGCUUUUAAAGCAAAUCUCUAGCCUGUGUACCUUUGACCCGUUUUACACCAUCAACUAUCUUGGUAAUUGCUUCAGUAGUAGUAUUAGUUUUAAAUCCAUUUCUUAUCUCUUCAGCCUGAAGGUAAUAAUAGCGGGUGCUGCCGAGAGGACAACCAGAAGUCAGACACUAUUUAUACUACCCGAGAAGGUCAGCAGACAUGGUGUGCACUACAUGCAUUACCUGAAACACUGUGGCACUUUUGGUUUGUUGUUGUAUAGAACUGCUUGAUCAAUAGAAAGAGAGCAUUUCUUUUUUGCUGCACUUGGUGGAUAUACUGCGUAAGGUUAAUAUUUGUAAAUAAUCUAUUAGUCUGUCUGCAAAAUUGUACCAAUAAGAUAUUCAAUUUAGUCUGCAGCUAUAAAGAUUCUACAUGUACGGUACAUUCACACAGUGCUAUUAAUGUGUAGAUGCAUAUAUAAGGAAAUCUGGAGAAUAAUGAAGUGCAUUUCAGUGAUGUCACUUUUAGUCUACUUUCCAUUUAUACUUUAGUUCUGACCCCAUGGCAGUUAUUUCACACUUGAUUUACUUAUUUCACAUUUGACAUGGUAUUUAUUUAUUUUAAAGAAGACAGUCUUCAUUUGUCCACAUUUUGCAGUAAAUGUUGGUUGGUUACCUUUUGACAUAGGAUUGUUUAAAACAGAAAACACAUAUUCCCUGUCAGAGCUGCAAAAGUCUGUUCAACUAUGUCAUUAAAAUUACGAGAGCACUAAGACAUCAAUCAGGCAAUCCUACUGGAAAGUCACAGUUUAUCUUAGACGUUGCUAUUCACUUGUUGGAUUUGCCGAAUUUUGACAUGCUAUAGGCAUACAUCACAGAGACUUAAAAAAGCAUUUUGUCAGCUUUUAAUGCAAGAGAGAUUUAUUGGCAGCCGACUUCUUCAAUCAGGGAUGGUCUUUGAAAAUGCUACUGUAGGCAACCCCGGCUGGUUUCCUUCUGAUUAAGGAAGGAAGUUCUAUUUUGCUUUUAUUGACUGCAUCCUACUCUUAUUGUACACAAC